UUAACCAGCGCCGAAGCAUAUCUCAUUCGCACCUUCGUUUAUUGUUUGAUCUUCAGUCUCUCUUUAUCACUUAAAAAGAAAAAAAGUUAAAACGAAGAAAAAUCAAAAGCCAUGCCUGGCGAUUGCAGCAUCAGAGCACUGUGGAUCCUCAACAAUAUCGACGCCGUCGUUUUCUCCAGGAGGUUUCCGGUGGUGGAGAAGCGGUGGCGGGCUGCUUGCCAAAGUGAAAAUGAGAGCUCCGACGACGAUCCUGUUAAAUACACUGUAUUUUCUUCGGUUCCUUCUGAUUCAGAGUUAGCUGCCGCAUUCUCUGAAAGAAAGACAAGGGAGGGCUCUGUUCGUGGAUUUGGUAUACGUGUAUCUCAGUCAAGAGAAGGAUCAGAUUCAUGGGUUGAUGAUCCAAUUACACGUCAUAUUGUAGGUGUUUACAUAAACAAAGAGGAGGAAGGAGAGAAUAAUCUAAUGUGGCCUUUAGCGUUGCACAUUAAGGGUCCUUAUUGCAUUCUUAUACUACCCUUAGUUGAGCCCAGACAUGUAAAGGCUUAUGCAAGGUUGUGUAAGAGGUCUGAUUGCGGAAAUGCUGUCACAGCACAUGAAAAUUUGUCUUCUUUGCUUCUUGACCUUCCAUCAAUCACAGGAGCAUUCAUGGUGGCUCAUGCCGUUGGUGACAUAGUUACUGGGGAUGUAGUGGAGCCUGAGGUGGUUGUAAAUCAAUCUCCUUCAGUGGGUGGGUUGUUAGACUCACUUACUGGAAGUAUUGGGAUAUCGGGAAUCUCAUCAAGGGCAAAACCAGUAGCCGCACCUGUUGCAUCUUCUACACCAGCUGGUGCUGCUGCAAUAGGAGCUCUUGCAUCUGAUGUUCCAAAAAGCGGUUCAAGGCUGCUGGAUAAAGAUGCGCUUAGAAGUUUCAUAAGCAGUGCAAUGCCUUUUGGAACGCCCUUGGAUCUCAGCUAUUCUAACAUAUUCUCGGUCAGGGCUAAUGGCUUUUCUUCAUUGGAUAUCCCUCCACAAGACCUCAAGCAACCAGCAUGGAAGCCCUAUCUGUACAAAGGAAAGCAGAGACUGCUGUUCACCAUUCAUGAAACUCUUCAUGCUGCCAUGUACGAUCGAGAUGAGAUUCCUGAUAGUUUAUCAGUCUCCGGGCAAAUAAACUGUCGAGCAGAAUUGGAAAGAUUGCCUGAUGUAUCAUUUCCUUUGACAGGGCUGAGCACAUCUAAGAUUGAGGCUUUAUCAUUCCAUCCUUGUGCUCAGGUUCCAGAACAAAAUGUGGAUAAGCAGGCUCUAAUGUUCUCACCACCAUUGGGCAAUUUUGUUUUGAUGCGUUAUCAAGCAACAUGCUGCCUUGGACCUCCAGUAAAGGGAUUCUAUCAAUUGUCUAUGGUAUCUGAAGAUGAAGGUGCAUUUUUGUUCAAAUUGCACCUAAUGGAAGGUUACAAGUCUCCUUUGACAAUGGAGUUCUGUAAUGUAACUAUGCCUUUUCCGAGAAGAAGGAUUUUAUCUUUUGAUGGGACUCCGUCGAUUGGAACAGUUUCAAAUGCUGAACAUUCUGUUGAAUGGAAAAUCAUCACAAGUGGACGAGGACUUUCUGGGAAAAGUAUUGAGGCAACAUUCCCCGGAACAGUUAGGUUUGCUCCAUGGCAGAUGCAAAGGUCGACUUCAUUUAGAUCAGUUUUUGAAGGCAUAACGGAUGAUGAUAGUGAUAAUGAGACAGAGAAUACUAAUAAUAUGGCAAACACAGAGGAGUUCUUAAUGGAAAAGAUGAGUAAGGAUCUUCCUCCAGUUGAUCUAGAGGAGCCAUUCAGCUGGCUUGCAUACAACUAUGCUAAAGUAUCGUUCAAGAUUAUCGGAGCAUCAUUAUCCGGAAUUUCCAUUGAUCCCAAAUCAGUAAGUAUCUAUCCUGCUGUAAAAGCACCUGUGGAGUCAUCAAGUCAGGUCACUUCUGGUGACUAUAUCUUGUGGAAUACAUUAGGAAAGUGCCCAUCUGCUGUAACUGCAAAAGUGUAACUGAAGAGAGAUUUUUCAAUGGAGGAUGUCAAGCUUCUACGAAUUACUUAUUGAGAUGAUAUGCGUAAAUGCUUUUAUUUUGGAUUUAUGUUCAAAUCAUGUUCAUAUUCAAGUUGUUUCAUAUUUGGGCCUUUUGAAUGGGAGAUCACUUUGAGUUAGAUCUUUUAGGGUUUGGACCGAGCUUUCAUUUAGAUUUUGUGAAAAAAAUAUAACCCAUUCCACAUGUGUUUCGGGUUUGAGUUAUUUGGAUUUAGGUUUCUGAUUUCUCUCAUCAAAUUGGUUCAAUUUAUUUUAUCGGAUUUCUGUA